CGUCAGACGAAGUGCAUCACAGUGUUGUUUACAGAUAUGAAAAUGUGGAAAUAUUUGGCAUUGUUUGCCCUUGUGGCUUCAGUUAAGUGCGGUCCCGUGCAAGAUGGUGCAGCUGAAAAUCUUAUUGGCGCCGUGUCCGAGUGUAUAGAAAACGAUACGUCUUUAUGCCUCAAGGAAAAAGCACUUAAAUACACCGAACGCUUGGCUGUAACAAAAGAUGUAAGCAUCUUCGAUGGCAUGACCUUGAUUAAUACUGGAUCAGCUCGUUCCGCCCGAAACUAUGAACCUUUAGCUGAGGAUCCGAAGACGAGAGAAAUGCAACUGGAAGAAAGGAUCGCCAACAAUAUUGGGGACUUUUUGGACAAUCACGUCCUGCAGUUAAGACUGACUGACCAAGCUGAGAAUGAAUCCCGAGACUUAGAUGAGGAAGCUCGUGGCAAGAAGAAGAAGAAGAUCAAGCAGCUUCUCCCUCUGCUCCUUCUCUUCAAGUUGAAGCUGGCUGCUCUUAUCCCCUUGUUCCUGGGAAUCAUCGCCUUCGCCGCUCUCAAGGCUAUCUUCCUUGGCAAGAUCAUGUUUGCCAUGAACGCCGUGAACCUAAUCAGAAAACUCUUCGCCAAGAAUGGAUCUUCGGGAGGAUCUUCCAUUAGCUACUCCGCUCCUCAUCAUCACGAGGAACACCCUGGUUACAACUACGAACCAGCUCAGGGCUGGAGCAGCAGACAAACUGGCGACGCACAUUCGUUGGCUUACGGAGGUCAAUUAUAAAUAGUCCAAUUUAUGUGUGAACGUAUUUAUUAUUGCAUGUACGUGAGUGUGUGUGUGAAUAUUUAUACAUGUGUGUCCGAAGUUGCCAUAUUCCAGUACCUCAGUAUUUAUAUAAAAUAUAAUGAAAAUAAAUUAUUUUAUGAA